AUGCCGAGGUCUUUUCUGGUGAAAAAGAAACGAGGAGCAUGUGGAGCGUGGCAGUGGAAAGAGCCUGAGCAGCUGGAGUGGAAAGACGACAAAAAAGAAGGUAGGAGUUUAUAGUAUCUCAAAAUUAACAUUUAAGAUUUCAAAAGUAAGUUGGUUUGAGGAGGUUUUGCUUUUACAAAGUAAAGGCUCAAUUCCCACAAAAUUGAAUUCCUGUUAAAAAUUUGAAUUCAAAAAUAAAAAAUGUUGAUGGUUUGCAGAUCAUUUGAAAACUACAUUUAAUUGCAAUACAACGAAAACAACAAAACAAAUACUGAAACUUAAAAAAUCAUAUUGAUUUAGUUAUGAUUGAUAUAUACUUUAGAUUGGAUUCCAGAUACACAUGAGGGACUGAUGAAGUUAAAAUCAGGGAGGGAUUCAACACUUCGUGAGAGACUGUGUGGGCAAGUGAAUUUUAGAAUACUGGUGAUGAGCUUUAAAUUGAAAGAAUGUGUGGGAUUGGUCAUCUACAAACAUGAGAUCAAUAAAAGACUCAGGAUAUCUUGAGACAAUCCAGUUAGAGAUGGUCCUAAUCUUUUGGACCUUGGGUUGCACUACAUCAAAAACUGACAUGACUCUCUAAAAGAAUUCACUGCAGGAGUUCUAAAUCUCUUCUAAAAACCAUUAUCUAUGAACUGCAUCAGUGACCUCUCUGGGCAAGACUCCAUUGAAGGUACAGUAAAGUAGAAAACCAUGGACCACCUUGCUUCAAUAACCAACCUUAACCUUUGGAGGUGCUCAAGUGCCCACGGCUGGAGGCACGUCUGGUCUGACAGAUUUAAUUCUCAACAUCAUUUCUCAUUUCAGGAAGUGAAAACUCAAAGCAGGAGGAAUCUUGCAGUCCUGACACUGAACAGAGCGCCCCUCUGCCUCACACUGUUUCUGCACAGGAUGAUCUGAUGGCUGCUAAGGGGAGAGUUCCUGUGCCUUUACAAGGGUCUGGAGCACCUGCAGCUGACACUAGACCAGACUGGUCCUCCAUGAUGCUCCGAGGCUCCUUCUACCACCCCAGUGCCCUGACACUGAUCAGCAGAGCUAAGGUAAACUCAGACUUUACCCACCCAGCAUGAAGUUACUCCUCCACACUCAGGAAUGAUGUGAAUACAGCUGAAAACUGCUAAAAGAAAUAGACUGAAAGGAUUGUGAUAGCAGCAGUGCUCUUUGUGCUCUUUGUUUGUAAGGUUAAAAUCGGACCUUUAAACCAAACAGGGUAGUGUUUUUCAAAAAGCCUUAAGAGAGGUAACAUAAUGCACACCAUUUGAUAUCAGAGAUUAAAUAUUUCAAGAUGCCCAAUACCCCGCACAUCCCUAGAAAUCAGACUUGGAAUUUGUGCAUAUAGAGGACAAGACAAGCAAGGACUGCUUUGGCCACAGGGGGAGCCAAAACCACACAAAUUAAAAGUUUCUCACAGUUUCUCACUUUAAGUAGGAUAAAGUGACACAAUAGGACAAAAGACACAAUAUAUGUAUAUAUGUAUAUAUAUAUAUAUAUAUAUAUAUAUAUAUAUAUGUAUUGUGUCAGCUUAAAUGAAUGGAAUUAAAGAAUACACGCCAACACAUUAGUCCAACUGAAACUCCAGCAAAUCAAGUUUUUGUAGAUAAUAAAGUCAAUGAUUGUUUUCCUCUUCUGUGUAUACAUAGUUGAUAGUCAAAAGCUGAAAAAGGGGCAUAUCGCUACCUACUGACUUGUUUUUAUUAAUACAUUCUUCCCUCUAUUAGUCUACGCAGAAAAGGACAGUAGUUCAGUUUUUCUCACCUUAUCAAGCAAUAGCUUAUCUUAACUGUGCAUGUAGGCAUACAGAGUGAGAAAAAUGCUAUGAGGUGACUCAAAGGCAGGACUGCUGGCUGCACCUUUAGAUGGACGGAAGUUUGUCCAUCCAGUUACAGUCUGUGUCCAUUUAUUGUUUUAAUACAUGGAAUUAUAAAAGUGGUCACACGGAGCGCACUCGUUCCCCGCAGAGCCAAGCUCCCUUAAACUGUUUAAUUGUUUCCCUGCGGGCCUGCAACUGUGUCUCGCAGUCCUGCACCAACCAACUGUUUCCCUUUUUACCUGGUCUCCUUUCUCCCCACUGUUGGUGUUUAAGGGUGCAUGCUCGAUGACUACACGUCACACACACACAUACACACAACCACUUGCUUGCUGCCAUCUUCCAAGCCAAACCAGGGCACUUCCUGGUACCUCAGUAAAUAGCGCAAAGUGGCGCAGUUUUGGGGGUCAUGUGACCACCCAGCACACCAAUAUAGUUCACACCAAUAUAGUUCAUUCGAGGUGUUUUGGUCUGAGUAAAUGUGUGGUCAGUGAUUAAGGUUUAAGCUGUAUGGAGGGCUAUUACUGCCUUUUUGUCCAUGUUGAAAUGUCUGAUUAUUGAUAAAUUUUGUGUUCUAGUUUGCAUAUUGUGUCUAAAAUCCUUGUAAUUGGUUUAUGGAUUUUCCCACGGGAGGGGCUAAGAGGAAUUUAAAGGUGGAGUAGGCAGGAUUCCAUUAAAGAAGCGUCUUUUUUGCGGUGCAUAUACAACAAAGCUUUUAAUAUCAGUCAAUAGCCAUUAGUUAGACAUUUGGGAAUAUAAUGAUAUCGCUGUGUUUUGUUACGUGUUUUUUUUGCUGUUUUGGAGGAGUUGGCGUGAAUAAACACCCCCCACACCAGAGUUUCGGCUAAGCCAUCAUUUUUUGUCCAGAACCAACCCUUGACAGUGUUAAACAGACCUCACAGUGAUCAUAACAAGAAUCCAGAUUAGCCAAUUCAGUUCUAUAAUUGUAAGGGAACAAAAGAUUGUGUUGCUUUAGCGGGACAUUCACAUUCAGGAGUCUACUACAUGCAUCCAUAUGGUCAUCUAAUUAAUUAAUUUAAGUAGUUACACAAGACCAACCUACAAAUCAAAUUAGAGAGAGUCGUAUGUUUCCUGUGUCUGCUGCACUGUCCCUGAACUGCCCAAAGAGACUGUUGUUUCCCUGCUACUUAUAGUUUAGCUGAAGGAAUUUUCUACAGCUACAGACCUUAGUGUACAUGAACACCACCUCCUCCUCUUUUUCUGCUGCACUGACUUCAUUUGGUCCCAGUACCUUGUAUUUUUAUACAUUUAUACAUUUUAUACAUAUAUAUUUCUUGGUGUUGAAAGGUGCACUGUGAGAAGUCUAGUCGUAUGAGCUCAUAGAUGUGAGGAAAUCUGGUUUCUCAAAUUUGUCUUUAGAAGCUGAAGUGAUGUUUUUGUGAAGAUGUCAUUUCUAAGCAGAUCUGUAAACUAAUCUCUCCCCACCAGGCUCGUCCCCGCUCGUCCCCUGGCUCAGGAGACUUUGUGUGCUCGGUGUGCCACAAAACGUUCCCCCUUCAGCGCAUGUUGACCCGACACCUCAAGUGCCACAGUCUGGUGAAGAGACACCCCUGCAGGUUCUGUGGCAAAGGAUUCAACGACACUUUCGACCUCAAGAGACACAUGAGGACACACACAGGUCAGAGGUGGACUUUUUUUCUCUCUCUUCAUCAACUGAUGAACAAAAGUUUUUUGAAGGGUUUUGGCUUCAUAAAUUACUUUGUCUGCUGAGCAAAUUAAUUUACUUGUGACAAUUUACACACCAGCAUACAGGGGUGUGUCUCGACUUUUUAGUCUGGGGUGGCUCAGCUGUGAUUCUCACUUUUGCUGGGGUUGCAUCUGUCAUUGUACUGUGCAGCAUGCUGUAUUGGAAGAAAUAGGAUGAGAAGAAAUCUAUAUGUUUUAGCUAUUUUCAUUCCACAGUGCAAAUGAAUAACUGCAAGCAAUUGGCUCCCCCUAUUGGUGAAAAAACAGAAGUCAACAAAUCUUAGACCAAACCAAAUGAUCACCUGUUUUUUUUUCACUCAAUAUUCUUAUGGUUAUUUUGGGUUUUCCCAUUUACAGGUGUCUGAUAGGCGUCUGAUAUUACUGGCAUAACUAACUUUUAUUUUAUUUAUUUAUGUGUUUUUUUAUUUUAUUUUAUUUUUUUUGGGGGGGGGGUUUGCCUUUUUUUUAAUGGAUAAGACGGCAAGUAAAGAAAGACAGCAAAUGUAGAAAAAAGAGAGGGGAUGAUAUGCAGCAAAUGGUCAGGGCCAGGACUCAAAACCUCGACCACUGCGAAGACUAAGGCCUCCUAAUGUGGGGCAUGCUAACUCUCUAGGCUAUCUGCAAACCCCCUAACUCACAAUUUUCAAUCAAUUUAAAAAAAUACAAAAAAAAAACCAAAACAUUUAUAACUAAAAUGAAAUUGAAAACAUACAGCCAAAAUGGAGUAAAAACAAAAAACUAACAAAAAAUUUGAAACUGUUGUAACUUUGUUCCAGAUGCUACUCCCCCUCAGGACAAAAUCAUUCAAUCACAUGACAUUACCACCCAUUCUGAAUCUUCUAGUAUUGAUCUAAAUGAAAAUUAUCCAUGUAUCUUUUUUGUUUUAUUGUCCUUUAUCAGAGUAUAUAUUAACUCUUUAAUAUUUCCUCAGUCUGCUUCUUCACCAUCCUACCACAACAUCAUCCUUGUUUACUUGAGCUAUCACACUGUUGAAUGAGCCGUUCACAUUUACCUGUAAGUCUCUCACACAUAUUUGUGACCCCGUGCUGCAGGUAUACGCCCCUACAAGUGUGAGCUGUGUGAGAAAGCCUUCACGCAGCGCUGCUCUCUGGAGUCUCAUAUGAGGAAGAUUCACGGCGUUCACCAGCAGUAUGCUUACCGCCAGAGACGCUCCAAAAUCUUUGUGUGUGAGGAUUGUGGAUAUACCUCCAGCCGCCCUGAUGAGUACUUUCUUCAUGUGAGGCAGUGCCAUCCUGGAAGCCCCUCCCUUCGCAGGUACUACCGCCGCCAGGCUCAUGAGAACAGCAGCUUUGCAUCAGCGGACCGUAAGCUCCACCCCUACCUGCUCUACCCGCCAUCUGCAUACUACAUGUAG